AUGGGUUUUAACUUGGAACGUAUUUCUACUGUACCCAACGUCGUAAAGUUGUAUUCUUUAGUAAGUAUUAUAAUUUAUAUUAUACAACUUUGCUUGUGAAUGUAAAUAUUAUAAUUUGUACAAAAAUGAAAAUAUUUAAAAUUUAGUUUGGAGUUGUAGUAAUUAUCUUUUCAAUUGGCUCGGCCCAUGUUCAACCGGCGGGAACGGGUUUUAUUUGGUCGAUAGCUAUAUCAAAUUUGACGUUAGGCCUUGUUCAGGUGAUACUAUUGGGCUUAGAAAUUGAUGUCGUUGUGUUUCCGCCAAGAGGAUUCUUUUCUUGGGCUUUAUUGGUCAGUUUCGUUUAAGAUAUUUAUUCACAGACGGCUUUGAUUUAAGUUAUUUUUUAGCUGUUAGCAAACUUUACUUCUAGUAUUUUUGAAACACAAUUUUUUUAAUAUUUUUAUUUUGUUUAUACAUGGCCUUUUCUGACGGAACCUUUUUUAGGAGUGCAUUGUUUCAAUAUUUUUUGCUAUAACUCAUUUUAUUUCAAUUUGGCUAUGUGCUAGUGCGGCUAACUAUGGGAAUGUAACAGCAUUCACAAUUGCCGGGGUAUGUUGACCGUCAAAAAACGUCGUAUACAAAAUGUAUAGUGUUUAGGUUUAUUAUUAUCUCUACAGAAACAUCUUACUAAAGUUUUGUAAUAUUUAAAGAAACUGUUCACUAUACAAUAUCUGAUUUUUAGCUAUUUUAAAAUUUAUUUUAGAUAUUCUCUUUGAUUGUCUCAUCCUCGCAUGCAUUCAAUACGGUACUGUUUGGCCGAAUUUGGGCUAAUGUCCAACAAAACGGACUUGGUCAAGAUGGUUUACUGAGCGUUGGUAGCACAUCUUACGGGGCUUCCUGA